CUUCACCCAGCGCAGUUUGGUCGGCAGCGAAAGGUGGAGAGAGUGACACAAAGCCUGUGUCCUUAAUAUUUGUUAGGAUUUUGUUCGUUUAAUUAGAAGAAAUACAUCUUUCCUCCGCAAGAAGAGACGAUACUUUUCUGUGUGACGGUCGCUAAUUGUGCUCGCGCAUCUACCGUUGCUGCUAGCUUGUGCGGAGUGGUUAGCUGGACAGCGUUAACGUCAGUAGGAGCUAACAUUAACGUCAGGUCGGUACCGAAAAUCAUCAGUGGUCUUGUUUGACGGCGAUUCUGUAAUUAACGGAGCUCCAAGCGUCAGUGUGUGCAGUCCUACAGACCUCACAACAGGACCACUGGAGGGAAGUAGCUGAAUGCUAACGUUAUAUAGCUAGCUGUAUGAUUUGUAUGUGCACUCCUCACUGCCACGGUGCCGUGUAACGUUAGCUGUCCACGUCUAGUCUCGUCUGCUGUGUUUAACGUUGCCAGCUGAGCUAGGCCACGUCCCUGCGGGCGUAUUUCAUCUAACCUACUGACAUUGGACGAGUUACAGAGAAGAUGCCCAGUGUGCGGAAGGAGGAAGGAGAGUAAAGCUCAGUAGAAAUGUGAAAAAGUCUCGUACAUUCAUGACUGUCUGUCUGUGUAACUGUAGUGUUUGCUUUCUCGAGCGGUUGCCGCAUAUACACGGCAUGUCACGUAGACGGAUGUGUUUUACAGCCGGAGCCUACUCUCAUUGAGCUCUGUAAGGUUGCGGUAACAACCUGAAGAAGUAACGUGAACACUUUGGGGUUUUUUUUUUGGAAAUGGUUGGGUUUGGUGCAAACCGACGGGGUGGCCGCCUCCCGUCCUUCAUCCUCAUCUUCUUGAUGGUGAUCAUCGCCAUACUGUCUUUCAACUACUGGGCAGUGACCAACAAGCACGGCCGCUUGUUGGAUGAGCUGGCGGAGGUGCAGACACAGGUGAAGCGCACGGACGCGGCGCGGAGCCGGCUGGAGAAGCGGAACUCGGAGCUGAUGGUGCAGGUGGACACGCACAGGAAGCAGAUCGACCAGAAGGAUGGAGACUACAGCGUCCUGGAGGGCAAGCUGCAGGCCCGGGAGGCGCUCAUCAAAAAGUGCACUGAUGAAAAGAUGAAGGUGCAGGGUGAUGUCACAGCCCAAAUGACAGAAAUCCAGAGGCUUAAAGAGCAGCUAAAGGAGCUGAAGCAGGAGUUCAUGAAACAAGAAGAGCAGCUAAGAGAAGUGAAGAAAAACAGCACUACCUUGGAAAGAAAACUGGAGUAUGAGAGUUUGCAGUGUGGACGUCAAAUUGCACAGCUGAAGGAGGAGUGUGAAGAAACAAAGAAGACCCUGGAGGAAGAAGCAUCAAAGCUAAGACAGAGUGUAAUAGACAGCCAGAAGGGUGCAGUGGCAGGUAGACAUGCAGAGGGAGCACAAGGUGUGGAGAUGACUGGAGAGCGCCAUACAGUGGCCACUCACCAGCAUGACAACCCGGAUUUAAAAGAAGAGAUGGGUAAGCCUGGCAGUGACGCUGGCAUGCCUGGUAUUGAAGACAGUGAAGUAGGAAAAAUCGACGAUGUGCAAUUUGCCUUAAAGAAACCAGCCAUCACUCAGAAGCAUGACGAGGCCCCUGAUGUGGUCGUGGGAGCCGGUGCCGGACCUGGAGUCGGGGCAGCCGACGGCCCCGGGGGGCAGGGUAUGUCUCUGGACCAGCCCAGGCUCCAGCAGGACCGAGUGGAGGGCCGAGCGGCGGUGGUCGCACCUCCGGGCAUCAUCAAACAGGCAGACAAACCGAUAGUGUUUGAAGAAGACAACAAGGCAGGUAUCAAGGCAGACGAACUGGGAGAGCAGCAGAGACAACUGCGAGCUCCUGAUAAUGUGAAGGGUGACAACGAACACUUGAAGGGGAUUCCUCUGCCCCCAAACCCGGCCCAGGUGCCCAACCCCAUCCAGCCUCACCACGCCAAAGACCAAGUCCAAGCAGAGCCAGUACACCACCGCCAAAGCCGGUUCUUUGAUGAGAACGAGUCCCCAGUAGAUCCGCAACACGGCUCUAAGCUAGCGGACUACAAUGGGGAUGAUGGGAACGUGGGUGAGUAUGAGGCCGACAAGCAGGCCGAGCUGGCCUACAAUGAGGAAGAGGAUGGUGAUGGUGGGGAGGAAGACGUUCAAGAUGAUGAUGAUCGGGACAUGCAGGGAGACCGGGCUGUGGAUUAUGGGAAAAGACAUCAGGCCAUUGACAUUCUUUGAAUGGGAACUCACACAGCCGUUAACUCAUUAAAAAUAUCCCGACCUCCCUCUCUACCAUCAAGGUCUUUUCUUGAGAAAAUAGUUUGAACAUCAUUAUGUUUAAGAAUUUAUAGAGUGCAUCCUCAAUGUCACGGACUAUUUUGACAGACGUUGCAACAAAUGAAUUAAUACUGAAUAACUAUAUUACAAAGAAGAAGAAAAAAAAUCAUGGCAUUGUCCUGAGCUGCUGUUGAUUUGCUAAUGGUUCUAAGUUAUGGCAGUAGAGAUGACGUACUGUAUGCUGACUGUUGUUUAUUUGAUAACUGCCUCAGUUCAUAAUGGAGGGAUCCGGAAGAGCCCUGUUGACUCACAGCCAAGCUUCAAGGUCAAACUGUUUUGUUUUUGCUACUUUUCUUUUCAGGUUGCUGUUUCUUGAUAUAUAUGAAAAAAAAACGUUUCAUCUGAGAUGUUUAUCAAAGAGACUAACUUUUUGGCAUUCUGCCUUUCUAACAUGAUUUUGGGACUUUUACACGGAAGACCAUUUUUCGUUUACAGGAGUGGGAAUGCAUUGCCAAUGCCAAGGACUUUGCUUAUGGCCUAUUAAAUCAAUUUCUUUUCUUUGUGACAGACACUCGAAAGUGCUCCUCAUUUUUUUUUUCUUUUUAAUGCCAUUGCAUGCAUUUGAAACAUUUUAUUAAUAAUCAAACUGAGCAAAAUACUGAUACUUAAGCAAUACUUAGAGCGAUGUUAGUGUCUCCACAGUGUGCAAAGAUUUAACCAAGCACAUAUAGAACUGACAUACUGUACACAUGCUUCCAUUAAUGAGGUCUCUUGUACAUAAUGUAGUUGAACUGUUACCAUUUGUACUGAGGACACCUGAAUCCUCACCUUUUAGGGAAAUCCGUGAACAUGAAAUCAGUUCUGUUUGUGCAGCCAGGAAAAAUUGAUUUCUCAUGGAAAGGCACAUUGAAUGUAAUUUAAUUUUAUUAAAGGUGAUGCUUCAUGUCA